AUGUGUCAAUUACUAUUACUAUUUUUACUAUUUGCUUUACAAUUUGUAGAUUCUGCAAAAGUGAUUCUUACUGUAAUGGAUCAAGGAAGGUCUCAUGCCUCUUCAAUCACUCCUUUUAUGCACCGACUGCAAAAAGACAACCAUACAACGGUUUUAGAGUUCACUAGCUAUCACGAUGACAUCGAUUUCGGAAUUGAAGAGAGAUUUAUCAAUAUGUCAGGAUAUCAAAACGAAUUCCAGAGUCCCGAUUUCUUUAAAAUCGCGUUUGAAGGGGAAUUCAAUUUUCUUCAUCAGCCAGUUCCUUAUAUGUUUGGUUCGAUUUCAUGCGAUCGCGUCUUAAAAUUCCGAAGAGAGCGAUUCUUCGAAAUUCUAAAUGAAGAUUGGGAUUUGUUCCUGUCAGAUUCACUUUUUGCGGUUUGCGGCUACGGAAUGGCUCAAUUAAGCGGAAAACAUCAUGUUUUGAUGCAUUCAAGUGAUGUUGAAAGUUCUCAUGGAUCGUAUAAAGGUUUCCACAGAAACUAUGCGAUUACUGUUCCAAACUUCUUGCCGUAUUCAAUGCCGGACUUUACAGUCCAAAGCUACAUUCAUCGAGCCUACUCGACACUUGACUGGUUUGGAGGAAUGUUUAUGACGGUGGUUGCCAGCGGUAUCCCAAUGAAAUGGGCUCUUCGAAGUGUCAUCGGUUUUCCAUAUUUCUCAUUCUACGACUAUGUUCGAACCAGCACAUUCUCGUUUACCGAUAUGCCCGAAGCUCUAUAUCCUCCAGGAGCGAGAACAAAUGACUUCUUCUCGUAUGGAUCCUACUGUUCUCCAGUUAAAGGUGGACUAAACGACGAGUUUAGCAGUUUUGUGAAUGAUCCGAAUUCGAAAGGAACCAUAUUGGUCGCUUUUGGGACCCUUAUUGAUUGGAGGCACGCGCCUGUCGAAAAACUCAGGAUUUUCGUGAACACUCUCAAUCAGUUGAAAGAAUAUCGAGUGAUAUGGAGUAUGAAAGGCGAUCGACCAGCUGAGUUAUUGGAUCAUGUCAAAACGUCGUCGUGGAUUCCACAAAACGCGCUACUUCAUCAUAACAAAACUAAGCUGUUUGUGAGUCAUGGCGGAUUGAAAAGUGUGAAAGAGGCCGCGUGUUCAGCGACGCCAUCGAUUUUCCUACCAAUGUUCGGCGAACAAAUGCGAAACGCGUGGCUAGCCAAAACUCAAGGAUUCGCGCGAAUCCUCAACAAAUUCCAUCUCUCCGUGGAAUACUUUGAAAGAAAUAUUCGAGAAGUGCUGGACCAUCCGGACUAUCAACUCAACGCCGACAAAUUGUUCUCACGCUUCCUUGACCAGCCAAUACCAACACUCGACGAGGCUGCUCACAAAUUCAAUCGGCACGGUCCUUACAACCCCCAACCGCAUAUUCCGAACAAUAAUCUGGCUAUCGGCUAUCCGACAGCGUACGGUCUUUACGCGGGUCGAGGUUAUGGCAACAAUAAUUGGAAUAAUGGAUGGAAUGAAGGCGGAGGGAAUUUGCCUCCCAACGCCGGAACUGGCUUCGGAAGCCCAUUGCGAUGUCUCAACGGUGGCGCUCAUAUAGGUCAGUGUCGUUUGGACAAAGAUUCUAUUUGCGUGGCACUUGGCGGCAGUUGCAUUCAUGGCGCCUGUUGUACGACGCCAUUCGUUAGUAUCAUGGGUGUUGCCUCGACAGUGAAACCUGAUGUCAUUGAAGGAGACGCAACUCGGAAAACGCGGAAGAUCACUCGUCAAACAACGACUACAACUCACGCUCCAGAUGACGACGAAGGCGAUGAUGUAAUUGAUUCCAAAGAAAUGGCUGAGUGGAAUCGCCUUGUUGAAUCCUAUCGAACGUCAACUCAGCCAUCAACAACAACAACGACACAAGCAGUUACCGUAACCCCUGUCGAUGAAGAAGAAGGUGAAGGAGAAUCUGACAAUAAGAUGUGCGAUUCUGGUUUGAAGCCUGUCGGACCGUGCACAGACGAUUCGGAUUGUCCGACACUUCAUCAAUGCGAAAACGAAAAGUGCUGCUAUUUGGUGAUAUCAUAG